UGCUGGAGGAAUGGGCAGUUUCCCUAUUUUAUACUCUCCUGAUAUAAAACGUGUUCAUUAUACCAGUGUCUGUGUGCGGCAGUACUGCUACUUCCAGUGUGAGGAACUGAGGAGACUGAGUAUAACAAAGGGCUUGUUCUGGGGUCUUCUGUUCUCUGAAACCUGCAUUUCCAGUACCUGUGAUAUCUCUGUGGAAUCCAUCCCGAGGGCUUUAUUCCUAACCUUCUGGACAAAAAAGAAGCAGGAUUCCCACUAACAAUAUCAGAAGUCAUAAAUGAUGAGUCUCACAGGAGAGAAACCGCAUCUGUGCUCUGAGUGUGACAAAAGCUUUACAUAUAAAUCAAAGCUUCUCACACAUCAGAGGAGUCACACAGGAGAGAAACCAUUUACAUGUUCUGAAUGCAGCAAGUGUUUUAUCCAGAAGUCACAUCUUGUUAUACAUCAGAUGAUUCACACAGGAGAAAAGCCAUUUAAUUGUUCUGAAUGUAACAAGCGUUUUCCAGAGAAGAAGCAACUCGUUAGACAUCAGAGGAUUCACACUGGGAAUAAAACAUUCAAAUGCUCUGAAUGUAACAAUUGUUUUACCGAGAAGCAACAACUUGUUAUACACCAGAGGAGUCACACAGGAGAGAGACCAUUUAAAUGUUCUGAGUGUAGCAAGUGUUUUAUUGAGAAGAAAUGGCUUGUUAUACAUCAGAGGAAUCACACAGGAGUGAAACCAUUUAAAUGUUCAGAAUGUAGCAAGUGUUUUUCCCAUAAGGCACCCCUUGUUAGACAUCAGAUGAGUCACACAGGAGAGAAACCAUUUACAUGUUCUGAAUGCAGCAAGUGUUUUUCCCGAAAGUCACAUCUUAUAACACAUCAGAAGAUUCAUACAGGAGAGAAGCCUUUUACAUGCUCUGAAUGUAAAAAGUGUUUUAGUGAGAAGCAGCAACUUCUUACACAUCAGAGGAGUCACACAGGAGAGAAGCCAUUUAAAUGCUCUGAAUGCAACAAGUGCUUUUCCCAAAUGGCAAAUCUUAUAAUACAUCGAAAGAUUCACACAGGAGAGAAGCCAUUUAAAUGUUCUGAAUGCAGCAAAUGUUUUUCCCAAAAGGCAUCUCUUGUUAUACAUCAGAGGAGUCACACAGGUGAGAAGCCAUUUAAAUGCUCUGAAUGCAGCAAGUGUUUUAGAGAAAAGCAACAACUUGUUAUACAUCAGAGUAUUCACACAGGAGAGACUCAGUAAGUUCUGUAAAUGAGGAAAGUUUUUUUUUAUAGAAAGAUAACACCUAUUAAUCACAUGAGGAGUCACUCUGAGGGCCUUAAUAUAUCAUGUGUUUCUUAAGUAAGUUACUUGUGUGACUUCAAUAUUGUUACAAAUUAAGCCAUUUUAAUUUUCUGAAUGUGACAUGUUUUAUAUAAAUUAAUCUUGCUAAAUAGCGGAGAGGAGAUACUUCUACAGUGGAUCCUCAGCAUCAGUGUAAUGUAAUAAACAAUGUGUAUGAUGAAACCA